CAAUCCCCACGUGUUGGAAACCGCAUGGGUGCAUGGGUGGGACGCCAUCUUGGGUGCUGGAUGUUUGGUGCUGUGGGUCAGCUGCAGGAAGAUGAGUGAUGACGAUAGGGAUAUUGAUAUUGAAAGUGAUGAGGGAGACGAAGAUUCGGAUUCGAGGCAGCCACGGCAGUCAAGUAAUCAAUAUUUAUCGCAGGCUGAGAAACGAGCACAUCACAAUGCAUUAGAAAGGAAGCGUAGAGACCACAUUAAGGACAGCUUCUCCAGUCUACGUGAAUCAGUUCCAGCAUUACAAGGGGAGAAAGUGCCUGUGUUUCAGGUGAGCAGGGCACUGAUUUUGAAGAAGGCGGCUGACUACAUUCAGUUCAUGAGGAGGAAGAACUCUGCCCACCAGCAAGACAUUGAUGAUCUCAAGCGGCAGAACAGCCUGCUUGAGUCCCAGAUUCGAACCUUGGAGAAAGCGAAAGCGACAGGGAACUAUGCUGCUGAGUCUAGCGAGGUGUCCCUUGUCAGCUCCAAGUCAGACUCUGUGUCAAGUUACCCACAUGAAUCUGAGUCGGACACAUCAGAUUCAGAAACCGCACAUGCUGCACGUCGUCCAAAGAAGCUGAAAGUGACAGGCUUGUAAAGUGAUAUGGAUUGCAUAGCGUGUGCGUCAUUGUACCUGAAAAUUGAAUGCACUGAGACACACUGCCAUGUGGGAUGUGGGCAGUAAUCCAUUGGUGCUUAGUGUGUCGUGAUGGGUUAAGACCCCCCCUCUCUUUUAAAUGUUGCACCAUAAGAGUUUAGAAAUGUAUUUGUUGUCUUCUCAGUGCCUCUCUUAAAUAAAGUCUUCUUGGCUGCGUUCAGAAGAAUGUUGUAACAUGAAAGUGCACGAACAUGAACAUCUCAUACAUUUGUGUUUGCUUGGUUUAGGGUAUGUCUCGUGCUCCAGUGUUAUUCCUGCUUUUGCUUCUUGCCCUCAUUUCUCCAUACAUUCCCAUCCAACACACUCAGUUUAACAAGUCCAAGCUAUCUCAGUACCAUUUUAGCCAACUUAUUUUCAGCUACCUACACCUUUGUGCUAUUAAGGUUUAGUUGUUUAAUAGGUUCUGUACCAUCUUAAAAUAUUGCUGACAAUAUUUAAGUCAUUAAAAUGUGAAUAUAA